GCGCGCGGCGGCAGUGGCGGCGGCAGCGGCGGGGGUGGCAGCGCGCGGCCGCCCCGCAGGGCCGCGGCAUGGGACGGGUGCAGCUCUUCGAGGUCCGCCUGAGCCACGGCCGCGUCGUCUACAGCCCGGGGGAGCCGCUGGCGGGGGCCGUGCGCGUGCGCCUGGCGGCGCCGCUGCCCUUCCGGGCUAUCCGGGUGACCUGCACGGGGUCCUGCAAGGUCUCCAACAAGGCCAAUGACACAGCGUGGGUGGUGGAGGAAGGCUACUUCAACAGCGCUCUGUCCCUGGCCGACAAGGGGAGCCUGCCUGCUGGAGAGCACAGCUUCCCCUUCCAGUUCCUGCUUCCUGCCACAGCUCCCACAUCCUUUGAGGGCCCUUUUGGGAAGAUUGUGCACCAGGUACGGGCCACCAUCGACACACCACGUUUUUCCAAGGAUCACCAGUGCAGCCGCGUGUUCUACAUCUUGAGCCCCCUGAACCUGAAUAGCAUCCCAGACAUCGAGCAACCCAAUGUGGCCUCCACCACCAAGAAGUUCUCCUACAAGCUGGUGAAGACAGGCAGCGUAGUCCUCACCGCCAGCACCGACCUCCGAGGCUACGUGGUGGGGCAGGUGCUGCGGCUGCAGGCUGACAUUGAGAACCAGUCAGGCAAGGACACCAGCCCUGUGGUGGCCAGUCUGCUGCAGAAAGUGUCCUACAAGGCCAAGCGCUGGAUUUAUGACGUGCGGACCAUCGCCGAGGUGGAGGGGGCCGGCGUCAAGGCCUGGAGGCGGGCUCAGUGGCAAGAGCAGAUCCUGGUGCCUGCCCUGCCCCAGUCUGCCCUGCCGGGCUGCAGCCUCAUCCACGUGGAUUACUACCUGCAGGUCUCCCUGAAGACGCCGGAAGCCAUCGUGACGCUCCCGGUCUUCAUCGGCAACAUCGCUGUGAACCAUGUCCCACUGAGCCCCCAGCCAGGCCAAGGCCUGGUGGUGCCCUCAGCGCCACCCCAGGAGGAGGCGGAGGCUGUGGCUGGUGGCCCCCACUUCUUCUCGGACCCUGUCUCCCUCUCCACCAAGAGCCACUCACAGCAGCAGCAGCCGCCUGCAGCCCUCGGCUCUGUGCCUGGCGCCCCUGAACCCCAUCCUCAGGAUGGCAGCCCUGCCCCCCACCCGUUGCCCCCUCCCUUGUGCAUCUCCACAGGUGCCACCGUGCCCUACUUUGCAGAGGGUUCUGGAGGGCCGGUGCCCACGACCAGUACCUUGAUCCUCCCCCCUGAGUAUAGCUCGUGGGGCUACCCCUAUGAGGCCCCGCCAUCCUAUGAGCAGAGCUGUGGUGGUGUGGACCCUGGCCUGACCCCAGGGAGCUGACCCCAUGUUGCCUUCUCCGGACGGACGGACCUAUGCCCUGGGACUAGGCUCCCAGGGCCUCGUGCCUUCGCUCCCGGCCUGGCCCGGCCCACUCAGGACCCGCCGCUGCCCGCCGUUCCUUGCGGCCUCUGCCUCCGGACCAGCCUCUGCCCUGACCAGCCUCUGCAGCCCCCCUGUAGUCGGCCUCUCCCCGGGGGUUGGGGCCUAGAGAGACUUGGUGUAAAUAAAACGCUUCAUUUGUA